CCUCCCCGCCCCCCGUCCUCACCGGCGGACGACCAGUCGCCGUUUCCCGCCCUGCAGCGUGGCCACGCACGCGCACUAAUUUCUCGCGCCUUUCUGUUUAUUUAAUUUCCAGUAACGGCGGUUUGCAACGGCGAGCGCGGGUGGCCGGGAGACUUCACAUCGUGGCUGGAAGUGCAACGUCUGACACACACACACCCACACCCUGAGCAGAGCUGCUCCAGAUCCUACGACCUCCAGUCCUGAAAUACGCUGCUGGAGACUCUUGUCCUUUCAUCCUUGCAGCGUGUUAGUUUACGGAGGAUGUCCACAGAAAGUGCUUGGCGUAAGGGUUCAGGAGAACCUAGUUUUGCUCAGAUUUUGAAGAAGAACAUACCUCCAAAACCUCCUCAACAAAUGUUAAAUGUAACUUUCACACCACAAAGCACAAGUGUGGAAGAUUUAGAUACAGAUGUAUCCAGAGUCAUUCAAAUUCCAGGUCAGUACCCAAAGUCACAAUUUGCUGAAUAUGCUAAAUCACUCCCAAACAGUGCAUUACCACCUAAGAAAGUUUCCAAGGAAUUUAUUGAUAAAUACAGACGUGGUGAGAUUAACCCAGUUUCAGCUUUGCAUCAAUAUGCACAGAUGUUGCGAAUGCAACUAAUUUUGAAAGAAACGGUAGCUACAGGCAAUGUAUUUGGACAAUACUUUGCAUUCUGUGCUGUGGUUGAUGGUGUUGAAUAUAAAACUGGAAUGGGUCAAAAUAAGAAAGAAGCAAAAGCCAAUGCUGCACAAUUAGCUCUUGAUGAACUUCUGGAUACAGAACUGAACAAAACUUCAACUUCGUGUCCUGUUGCAAUACCUGCUGAACGAAGAGCAAUAGCUGCAUCAAGUCUGUCUUCAAGAAAUCAGCCAUCAAAGCUGAGUUAUGAAGGAAGAAAUUCGUAUUACAAAGCUGUUUCCAUAGCCUGCAGAGACGUGUUCGACAAGCUGACUGCUAACCUCCCUGAAUACCAGAACUGCAGUAGCUCUUUGGCUGCUUUUGUGGUUGAAAGACAUGGACAGCCUUAUGAAGUUAUCGCAAUUGGAACAGGAGAGAGGAACUGUAAUGAUCCCUUAUGUUCUGAAGGUCGAAUCGUUCAUGAUUCCCAUGCUGUAGUCACUGCAAGACGCUCACUAUUGAGGUAUCUCUACAGACAUCUCCUUAUGUUCUACAACAAAAAUCCUGAUGUGAUGAGCCAAUCCAUUUUUUGCAUUGACUCUGGAAGAAAAGUUCUCACUGUUAAGGAUGGUAUAAACUUCCACCUUUAUUUGAAUCAACUGCCAAAAGGCGCUGCUCAGAUUAAACAGCUGCAUUUAGCUCCUCAUUCAAUAUCUACAUACCAUACAAACAAAGAAAUGGAACUUCAUGUUAUUUUGGAUGGAAAAGUGUACUCAAUUAGUCAUUGCAGUUCUGAAGUAACUGGUACUAGGAUGUGUAGCAUGUCUGCCAGUGACAAGCUUACUCGUUGGGAGGUUCUUGGAAUUCAAGGAGCAUUACUUAGUCACUUCAUUGAACCCAUUUAUAUUAGCAGCAUUCUUAUUGGUGAUGCAAACUGUUUAGACACACGAGGUGUGGAGGUUGCAAUUAAACAGCGUAUAGAUGAUUCACUGACAUCAAAGCUCCCAGAUUUCUAUAUUGUCAGCAAACCACAUAUAAGCCUCACGGAGGCUGCUUAUCCCUACCAGUCAAAUGCUGUUUAUAAAGCUCUCAGUCUAAAUUGGUCUCAAUCAGAUGGGUUAAUCGAAGUGGUGAAUGGUGCAAUAGGAAAGAUUGCUGAAAGCUCACCAUUUAAAAGUGGUACCUCCAUGACCAGUCGCUUAUGCAAAGCAGCCAUGCUCAGUCGCUUCUAUCUUGUUGCUAAAGAAGCAAAUCGAGAAGACCUGACUGUAGUUCCAACAUAUCAUGCAGCAAAGAUGAUGGCAAAAUCAUAUCAAGAGGCUAAAAGUUUACUGAAGUCAUCACUGGUGCAUCAUGGUUUUGGUACCUGGCUGGCCAAGAAUCCAAAUGCAGAAAUGUUCCAUAUGCAGUGAGGAGGAAUACUGAGGAAAAGUCGUGAUUGUAAAUUCUAAUACACAGUCUCUUUGUUUAUCAUCAGGCCACUGCGCACUGUAGAUUUUUUUUGUGAAAUAAUAGGCAAAGAACAAAUUUAAAGUUCAUUAUGUCACAUGCUUGAAUUCCCCCAGACCGUGUAUUCAAUCGUAUAACUAUUUUUGUAACUAAAUCAUUUCCUUUGGAUUCGAAAACUUUUAUCAAUAAACAGAUUCUUUUUGGUCUACUUGCUGCUAUUCAAAGGCAGAUUGAUGGUAAACAACACCUUUACUAACAUUUACUGUAAUACAGCCAUAGUAGAAAAGUAAUGAUAUGGUAGAUAAUAUUGGGGGAAAUUUUAUUAUUUGAUUGUCUGUGAAAUAGGGUAUUCUUAUACAAUAUUCUAUUUGGUUCACUGUUACAGCAUUCGAGUAAUUAUUAGGAGAACUACAUGGUAUGCCUUCAUCUCCUAAUUAGAACUUUAGUCUACACAGGACAUUCAAUUACUUAAAUUGCACAGUUUGCAUCAGACACAAUUCUGUACUUGAUAUGAUUAUGGCAGAAAAUAUAUGUGUGAUUCUUUUGCCGUGGAGUUAAAUGUGAAGUUAAUUUUUUCCAUGAUGUAACAAGUGUAAUGGGUAACGUUUUCACUUUGAGCAAGUCUUCAAAGUAAACAUGGAGUUAGCUUUAUUCAAGAGAUGACAGAGUUCACCAAAUGCUUAUUUAGUUAUGCUUGUACUGUGGGGAAGAAUCUGGCUUCCUAUAGGCACUCUCAUGAUGAUAAAGUCAUGACAAGGUAUUCCUUAUAUAAAGAAUAGUUAGAACUAGAUCCAAAUCCUGUCACUAUAUUCAGUCUAGUGUACUAGAACAGCUUUUUCACUUUCUUCCUUCUGUCAUACAUCUUCUCUCCAUACCUACCUUCAAAUGUGAAAUAGAAUCCAGCAAUGAUGGUAUGAAAAUGCAACUUCAAGAUUUUGUGUUAAAACUGCUAUAGAAGAUAAAUCAGAUGUUUUCAGGAAUGUAGAAGGUCAUCAGAUUGAUUGACGUGAUAUUUCUUGGUCCAGUCCAGAAAAGACUGAUUGGACACAUUUGGUUUACCAUUGCUUGUUGUGCACUUUUGAAGGCUAUUAUUCAGAAUAUAAUCAAUUAAAUCUAUACAAAAUUCUGAUUGCUUUUCAUUUUUGUUGUUGAGUAUUCAUGUAAUGUAUUAAAAGCAGAGUUAAUGGCAUUAAUAUUUGUAAAAAUGUCACUAUCAGCAAUGCCCUUGCGAUUUGAGUGUUCUGGAUUAUGAUUCUUGGUCUCAGUUUCAAUUGACUGCCAAGAAUAAUGCUCCUGAUCUUUCCUUCCACAACAGAAAGAUGUGGCUUCUAAUGUAUCUGCCCAACUAUAAUUUGAAUGAGGAAUUAGUCAGAUUAUCUGCCAUUAUUAGCAAAGAUUUACUAAAAUGUUUAAUAUACAUACAUUGAGCAUAUCCUCCACUGAGCUCCUAUUCUCAAUAAGAUUCACUAAGAUUCACACUGCAGAAAAGGAAUAGGAACUGAGGGGAAUGAUUAGUCUAAUAUAAUUUGCCAGAUAUAAGAGGAUGUCAAAUUCAGCACUCUUCAGACUGAGCCAACUGACAGUGAACAGGGUUGCAUUGCAGGGAGGGAGCGUCGGAGGUGGCGGUUAGCCGUUGAGGCAGUGUUUAUUCUGCUAUGCAUGUGUAUGUGUAAAAUGCAGUCCAGAUUUAAAGCAGGCUUCCAUCAGUUUCAAGUGUUUAGACUGCUUGCCAUGUCACAGGCUGGUCUAAAACUGCACCGUACAAGUUAUUUCUCCAGUUCUCAACUAUCAACUAGCCAUUCUUCAGAUGAUGCAUACCAUCUCCCUGCCCCCAACUCAUUCACUGCAGAUGGGGAAAAUCAAAAAGAACCCCAAUAAUUAAUAGAUUAGGGUAAUAUUGACAUUUGCUUUAGAUCAAAACCCACUGUUAAUUCUCUUCAAAUGAUGCAAAGGGAAAUACAGAUAUAAAGGUGUACAAAAUAGGGGUUGAUAAUACAGUAUGUGCCUUUGAUUGAUGAAGCAUCUAAUUCUAGAAAGAAAAUGCAAGAUAUUUGAAACUUUGAAAGGUAACUCAAAAUUCAAUAUUUGCCUAUCAUCCUACUGUUAUGCUGUAUGAAAAUAACAGAUUUCAACAGUAUAAAAUCCUAAGAUGUAAAAUCACUAAGGUUGAGGAAAAAUUGAAUUGCAGACUGAAGUGCAUUGAUAAUUAAACAUUUCAUGCUCUGACUAUAAAAUGAUCUUGCCUAGACUAAUGCUUGCAUUUAAAUCAUCAAUAUUUAAUCAUCCUGGCAAAGUUUGACCUGUUUAUUAUUGGUGUCCUUCUUCAUUUCUUGAUGAUAGCAAGAAUUAAUCGAAGGAAAUCUUAACUCUCUGAAUCAGCUUUUUUCUAGCUGCUUAUACAGUCUACAGCUGGGUCUAAAACUGCCCAGUGUGGGUCUCAUUUGUGUUUACCAUGCUUUCCUUUAUUUCCCCUAUUUUCUUUUAUUGAUUUGAUUUUCACUUUUUAAUCUGUUACUUCCCCAUCACCCCCUGCCCCCCAGAUUCUUUUCUUUAGCUGCUUUUUCUUUCAUGGACUUUGGUUCAGUACCUAAGUGGGAGCAAAUUCCAAAAAGUAGCAUGUUUGAUUUAAAACCUACCAUCAUUUUUUUAAGCCAAGUAGAAGUCCAAAAUUAAUGGACAAGAAAUGUUAUUGACACUGAAAAAUUCAAUCAUGGAAUUACUACAGGGUCAAUAAACACAGCAGCAAUCCACAGAACCUAACUAUUUGGAUGGGUAGUGACUGUAAAGGUAAUAGGGCAGGGCAACAAUGUGGUUAGGAGAGGUGAGGUGGAAGAUGUAGUGAGCAGAAAUUAAAAUGGUUUAUUUGAAUAUUUAUUGUAGUUAUGUAGAAUGACUGUCACAGUUACAAAUGUAUUUCAGGAGUUGAGUAGUUCUAUUACCAUAAAUCUCCAGUUUGCCCUAGUCAUAAGAUAAACUUGUUUAAUGUACUUGCAUCCUAACAUGAGGAACUUGGAAUAACUGAAAGUUAAGAUCACCAAUGUGCAAGCAGUUAAUCUUUGUUUAUUAUCAUAUUUGAAAUGAUUGUCAAAAAUAAUUAUGCCCUCUUAUUGAACCACCUCGGAGGGGCGGAUGUUAUAGUAUUUGGGUUUUUGUUUGCCAAAUUAGUUACUGUUUGCUUUGUUAUAGCUAAACAAAAUUGUUCAGAAAUAAACAGCAGUAUUC